CCACUGAUCCAUUUGAACCUAAUUUUAAUCAACUACAAAAAAAUAAAUAAAACCUUUCUCUCUCUUUCUGAUCCCCAAAACCUCAGUCAUCUUCUCCGGCGAAUUUCCUUCCAUUUUCCAUCAAUGAAUCUUCAGCUUAAUCGUCCAUCUUCACCUUACAAUUCCUUGUAUCAAUCGGAGCUUCGUCUCAUUUCUCCAUCAUCAUCAUCGUCGUCGUCUUCUAAGCUCAUACAAUGUUUCAGUAACGCAACCAAACUUACUUUCUCGCCUGAAUUCAAACGAAUUCGUCACCCAGCAUUCCUAAGGAAACCGUUACAAGUGUUACAAGUCAAGAGUGAAGAAGACUCCAAAGAAAUCACAACCACAGGCGAAAGCAUCUUACUAAACGAACAAUCACUCGAACACCAACUCCAGAUCGCAGUACAAGAAGAAGACUACGCCAAAGCAGCUAAACUAAGAGACCGUCUCCGCAUUCUCCAAGAAGAUACAGUCGCAGCUGUUUUAGCAGCAAAUGCUAGAUUCUAUAACUCGUUUAGAACCGGGGAUUUGGCUGCAAUGCAAGCUCUUUGGGCGAAGAGGGACAAUGUUUGCGUUGUUCACCCGGGUGUAAGUGGGAUAUCGGGUUAUGAUCUUGUGAUGGGUAGUUGGGAGUUUGUUUGGGCUGAUUAUGAUUUCCCGUUGAAGAUUGAUACUAAAGAAGUUCAAGUUCAUGUUAGAGGCGAUAUGGGUUAUGUUACUUGCAUUGAGAUGGUGAGGACUAAAGGGAAGACUUGGGGGAGACAGUUUGCGACUAAUGUGUUUGAGAGAAUUGGCGGGCAAUGGUUCAUUUCUAUUCACCAUGCUUCUUAUAUCGAUAUCUGAUUUUCGUUUCAUUCAAUUCAAAUCCGUAUUGGAUGUAUGUAUGUACUACAUUUCGAUUGCUUUCUUCGUGCUAGUUUUUGUAUCAAAAGGUUAAUAAUGGUUUGAAUUGAGAUGAAAUAUGGAAAAAAAAAACUAAACGUAGAUUCUCAUUA